AGCAGCACGCUGAGCUGAGGGAUCUAUUGUUCCUCUGGCUUUUUCAUUUUUUUCUCCACUCAGAUCUCAUUCGUCUCCGCUGACCCAGAGAACAGAGCAGAAAAGACAGCAAAAGAAGGAGGAAAUAGAGGAGAGACAGACAAGUGGAUUAUCCUUUUCCGGAGAAACCGCGUGCAGAAGAGUGAGAGGGACAAUAGCAGGCACACUUUUUCCUGUGCCGCAUCUCCUCCUUCGUACAUCUCCAGUUGAGUCUGUGUGUGUUUUGCGAAGGCUGUUUGGCAAGACUCAAGCCGCGUGGAUCUAUCUGGCCGGGCUGAAGCCAUGGGGCUGGCCAGCAGGGCAGCAGGGAGAGGGGGUAAUCCAACAGGGGCGCUUGGCUCCCUCUUUAGAGUUGCUCUGCUUAUUUUCGGGCUUUGGGAUGUUCAGUCGCAAACAGUUGCCAACAAACCCACCUACAUCUGGCAAACAGGGCCGUGGGGUAGGUGUAUGGGCAGCGAGUGUGGUCCAGGCGGAAGUCAAAGCCGAGCGGUGUGGUGUGCCCACUCUGAAGGCUGGACAACAUUACACACCAACUGCCUGCAGUCGGAACGGCCCAGCAACCAACAGAGCUGCUUCCGCGUGUGCGAUUGGCACAAGGAGUUGUACGACUGGCAGCUGGGGGCAUGGAAUCAGUGCGUGCCAGUGUCCAUGCGCAGUGCGGGCGUGCCAAGGCCAGCGGUGUGCACGCGGGGCGAGGAGGGCAUCCAGACGCGAGAGGUAGGCUGUGUGCACAAGGCGGACGGCGUGCCUGCCGAAGACGCCAUCUGCGAGUACUUCGAGCCCAAGCCACGGUUAGAGCAGGCCUGCCUUAUCCCCUGCCCACGUGACUGCGUGGUUUCUGAAUUCUCCCCAUGGACCACCUGCUCCAAGAGUUGUGGGAUGGGUCUGCAGAACCGUCUACGUUCCGUUUUGGCCCCGCCUCUUUUUGGCGGUUCUGCUUGCCCGAAUCUCACAGAGUUCCAAACCUGCCAGCCGGGUCCUUGCGAGGGACAGGAGAGCUUGCACAGUCUAAGGGUAGGUCCUUGGGGUCCCUGCACUGCCCCCGCACCCGUACGGCAGGCCCGUGAAACCCGUGAAGGCCGUGAACGCCCUGAACGCCGUGAAGGCCGAGUACCGAAAGCAGAACGGAAAGCGAAAAGGGAGCGCCAGGCGAGACCAGACCGCCAGGCAAGGCCGGACCGCCAAGCAAGGCAGGACCGACAGGCCAUGCGGCGGAAGAACAAAGAGAAAAAGGAGUUGAAGGAAAACAAAGGGGAACGUGUAAAGGACAGGGUGAGGGAAAAAGGGAAGGUGAGAGAUCCAGAGACUCGAGAGCUUAUUAAAAAGAAAAGGACCAGGAAUAGGCAGAAUAGGCAGGGGUUGAAAUCCUGGGACCUGCAGGUGGGAUACCAGACCCGGGAGGCGACGUGUGUGCACCGGAGCGGAAGCACAGCGGAGCUCAGCCUUUGUAAACAGCAGACUCUUCCUGUGACGUAUCAAGCCUGUGUCAUAUCCAAAGACUGCGAGGUGACUGACUGGUCAGAAUGGUCAGCUUGCUCGAAGGAAUGCUAUGAUCUGAAUGGACGUAAGGGCCAGCGCACACGCACGCGACAGGUUCGGCAGUUCCACGUGGGGGGGGGUGCAGAGUGCCCUGAGCUGGAGGAGAACGAGCCAUGUUCCCCACAGGGAGAGGGAAUCCCUCCAUGUGUUGUAUAUAAUUGGAAAAGCACAGAAUGGAGCGAUUGCAGGGUAGACGUGCUUCUCAGCCAACAGGACCGUCGUCGGAGCAACCAGACAGGGCUCUGCGGAGGCGGGGUUCAGACCAGAGAGGUCUACUGCGUUCAAGCGCCCACCGAAACCUCAUCUAACCUUAGCUCACUCAAGAUCAAAGACGCUACCCGGCCGGUAAACAGUGACCUGUGUUUUGGUGUUCCUCCUAACACCACCCAGCUCUGCCAUAUUCCCUGUCCUGUGGAAUGCGAGGUGUCUUCCUGGAGCGCCUGGGGUCCCUGCACCUUUGAAAACUGCAAAGAUCAGUCCACAAAGAAAGGCUUCAAACUGAGGAAUAGAAACAUCAUAAAUGAGCCCACAGGUGGGACGGGAAACUGUCCCCACCUGACCGAAGCCAUUCCCUGCGAGGAGCCCAGUUGUUACGAUUGGCUGGUUGUGAAACUGGAGGAGUGUGUUCCAGACAAUGACAAAGUAUGUGGGCCAGGAACCCAGAACCCACAAGUACAAUGUGUCAACAGUGAUGGUGAAUAUGUGGACAGGCAGCUGUGUCGGGAUGCCAUCCUUCCCAUGCCGUCGCUGUGUGAGGUGCCAUGUCCAAAAGACUGUGUGCUCAGUCCCUGGACGUCCUGGUCCCUGUGUUCCAACACCUGCUCGGGGAAGAACACAGAGGGCAAACAGACCCGAUCACGCUCAAUCCUGGCUUACAAUGGUGGUGAAGGUGGGGGUCAGUGCCCCAACAGCAGCGCCCUCCAGGAGGUGCGCAGCUGUAAUGAUCAUCCCUGCACUGUGUACCACUGGCAGACGGGACCCUGGGGUCAGUGCAUAGAGGACACCUCUGUUCCCUCUGCCAACAGCUCGCUGGGCCGCGCCGGAGCUGGAGUCGCCAGUAAUGAGGCCUUCUGUUCAGUAGGAAUGCAGACGCGCAAAGUCAUCUGUGUCCGGGUCAAUGUGGGCCAGGUGCCACCAAAAAAGUGCCCAGAGAGCCUACGUCCAGACACCGUAAGACCAUGUCUCCUGCCCUGUAAGAGAGACUGUAUCGUCACUCCAUACAGCGACUGGACCCCCUGCCCCACCACAUGCCAUACAGUGUAUUUAGGUGGUACCAUCAAAAAGAAGCAAUCCAGGAAACGCAUCAUGAUUCAGCUUCCAGCGAAUGGAGGCCAGGACUGUCCAGAAGUUCUCUUCCAGGAAAAGGAAUGUGAUGCAGCCUCUGUUUGUCCAGGCUACAGGUGGAAAUCUCACAAGUGGAGAAGGUGUCAGCUGGUGCCGUGGAGCAUUCGGCAGGACAGCCCCGGAGCUCAGGAGACCUGUGGACCAGGACUACAAGCAAGAGCUGUCUCUUGUAAGAAGGUGGAUGGUGGAGCACCAGAUGUAGCGGCAUGUCUGAAGUUUGCUGGUCCUAUGCCUCAGCUCACUCAGUCAUGUCAACUUCCGUGUCAAGAUGACUGCCAGCUUACCAGCUGGUCCAAAUUCUCAUCAUGUGCAGCUGAUUGUGUCGGUGUUCGGACCAGGAAAAGGAUGCUUGUUGGUAAAAGCAAAAAAAGGGAACAGUGUAAAAACACACAGAUAUACCCUCUAAGCGAGACGCAGUACUGCCCGUGCAACAAGUACAAUGCCCAGCCUGUGGGAAACUGGUCGGACUGCAUACUGCCCGAGGGUGGACGUGUAGAGGGGCUUUUGGGGAUGAAAGUACAAGGUGAUAUCAAGGAAUGUGGCCAGGGCUACCGGUAUCAAGCUAUGGUGUGUUAUGAUCAGGAUAACCGACUCGUGGAGACAUCACGCUGCAACAGUCACGGGUACAUUGAAGAAGCCUGUAUCAUUCCCUGCCCGUCUGACUGUAAACUCAGCGAGUGGUCAAAUUGGUCACGCUGCAGCAAAUCAUGCGGGAGUGGGGUGAAAGUACGAUCAAAGUGGCUCCGAGAGAAACCUUAUAACGGUGGAAGACCCUGCCCUAAACUUGACCAUGUUAACCAGGUGUAUGAAGUGGUGCCGUGUCUGAGUGACUGUAGUCAGUGUGUUUGGGUGGCUGAACCGUGGAGCGUCUGGAAGGUCAGUAACGUCGAUCUGAAGGAGAACUGCGGGGAAGGUGUACAGACGAGAAAAGUCAGGUGCAUGCAAAACACUGUGGAUGGGCCUUCAGACCCUGUGGAGGACUAUCUGUGUGAUCCAGAGGAGAUGCCUCUUGGAGCCAGAGAGAGCAAGCUUCCCUGUCCAGAGGAUUGUGUUCUUACGGACUGGAUAUCCUGGAGUCCAUGUUCACUGCCGUGUAAUGUGAACAGUACAAGGCAGAGAACCGCCAGCCCUUUACGUCAGCCUGGGGAUGAUGGGAAACAGUGUCCUUCAACUACAGAGAGAGAAACAUGCAUCCUAAACACGAACUGCUACCAUUACUCCUAUAAUAUUACAGACUGGAGCACGUGUCAGCUGAGCGACAGAGCUGUGUGUGGGGCUGGAUUCAAAUCACGCAUGCUGGACUGUGUUCGCAGUGAUGGCAAGUCAGUGGACCUCAAGUUUUGUGAGGAGCUUGGUCUUGAGAAGAAAUGGCAGAUGAAUGCUUCCUGUGUGGUCGAGUGCCCCGUCAACUGCCAGCUGUCUGAUUGGUCGUCUUGGUCCGAAUGCUCCCACACGUGUGGUCUUGCAGGAAAGCUCUGGAGAAGAAGAACCGUGAUCCAGGCCUCUCAGGGAGAUGGACGACCAUGUUCCUCACAGCUGGAACAGUGGAAGCCCUGUCCUGUGAAACCCUGUUACAGCUGGAGAUACAGCGCUUGGUCACCUUGCAAAUCUGAGGGUGCACGGUGUGGAGACGGCUUGCGCUACAGGAACGUCUCCUGCUUCGUGUCUGAUGGUUCAGGGAGGGAUCUGGGCAGUAUGGUGGAUGAGGAACUGUGUGGUGAUAUAGAGCAGACGGUGGAUGGAGACAAGCAGAUCAUCCUGGAGGAGUCUUGCACAGUACCCUGCCCAGGGGAGUGUUACCUGACGGAUUGGACCGCGUGGAGCCCGUGUCAACUGAGCUGUAUCGGCAGGGACGAUUUGGGCUUCGGUUCCGUGCAGGUGCGCUCUCGCGCCGUUUUAGCUCAAGAACCCGAGAAUCUCCUACAGUGUCCAGAACAAGAAUGGGAGGCCAGGCCAUGUACAGAUGGCCAGUGUUAUGAGUACAAAUGGAUGACUGGUCCAUGGAAAAGCUCAUCUCGCCAGGUCUGGUGCCAGCGCUCAGAUGGAUUAAACGUCACAGGUGGAUGCCCAUUGACAAGUGAGCCUGUGUCGGACAGGUCAUGUGACCCACCCUGCGACAAACCCCGCUCAUACUGCACAGAGGCCGGAGUAUGCGGCUGUAAGGAAGGCUUCACUGAGGUGAUGACAUCAGACGGCGUGUUGGACCAGUGCACAGUCAUACCAGUGCUGGAGAUACCGACUGCAGGUGACAGCAAGACUGACGUGAAGACCAUCAGAGCUCUCAGUCCCACCCAGGCCACCUUUAACCUGCCAGGCCGCUCCGGACGCACUUGGUUCCUGCAGCCCUUCGGACCUGAUGGCAAACUGAAGACCUGGGUGUAUGGUGUAGCAGCUGGAGCUUUUGUACUGCUUGUAUUCAUUGUCUCUAUGACUUACUUAGCCUGCAAAAAGCCAAAGAAGCCCCAGAGGAGACAGAUGAACAACAGACUCAAGCCUCUGACGCUGGCUUACGAUGGCGACGCCGACAUGUAGCGCGACCGCAUUCGCCUGUGCCGCAGAUCACGAUCGGGAACAGCCUCAAACCAGAAUACUCGAGCAGACUCGAGCAAACUCACCGAUUGCUUUUUAUAAGACUUAAACGAAACCUCAGAGAAAGACUCCGCUCGUGUUUAUAUAAUGUGCCCCCUCCUUUUUUACGUUAACGUUUUUGGACUUUGUUUCACGAGAGCCUUGACAAACUCUGAUGUUCUUCAGUGAGUCUGCCUUCACCUCUCUGCCAUCGACGUCUUUCUGUAACAUAAACUUGUUUUUCGGGAGGAAAGUUGGACGACCCGUUUGAAUCGGGAGGUUUUGCUGAGGAAGCACAAAAUACGCCCUCUACGUUUCUUUAAUAUCGCACCUCCUGUCAGCUCCAGCAAUGUGCCAACUGUUGAUCCUGAGCCCGAGACGGCUCGGACUACACAUUGCAAGCAGCCGCUGAGUCUUUCAGCCUGCUUAAAUACGCAAUUAAUACGCAAUUUAACUGGCCAGAAAUGUUUUCAGCCCUUCGAUUUGUGCUGGGUCCCUUCUCUUCAAUAUUUUGUGAUGAGAAGGAUGAAUGUGUGGAGAUUGCAUGGGCCCACUAGCGCCCCCUAGAGAAAUGCUGACCUGCCUUUCCCCCUCACUGUAUUCAGGCUCCAUUUUGCACUAUAUUAGUGCAGCAUGAACAUUUACUUAUAGCAUUGCCAUAGAAAACUGCCUCUCUCCAUGCAAGAUGAUGUACGGUCUUGUGCUAGACAAGUUUCUUAAAAAAGAGAGAACAGAAGUAGCCCUUUUUUCUUCUGGAACUCACCAAUGUUUGUUACUGCAUACUACUUGUUUACUGGUUACCUCUUGUUUGUGAGGACGGGGAACUGUUGAAAAGAUUUUUGUGGGCUCCACUAACCCCCUGUCUUAUGUACAGUUGCAUUCAGCCAUGUGUCGCUUUCUUUGCCUGAUUGACGUAAUGUGUAUUCAGUAGUUCUUUUCACCUUAUGGAUUUGAAUUGAAGUUUUCCAUGUGUUUCAGUCUUUGUCUCUAAUUCAAAGGGCUCUGUAUUCAUAAUCUGAGCACUUUAAAGAGUACAAUGAUAACUGAUCCCACUGUGUCUAUGUAAACCUAUUCUGGUUGUAGUUUACCGUGGCUACACAACACAGUAACAGCAUGCAAUUUCCUAUCAGCUAGAUCCCAAAAACCAAUGCUUGGAUAUUUAAAGAUACGUUCGGAAAUUUGAAAUCACCCUGAAAUUUGUACCUCUGAAUGGAGGUUGAAGAAAAAUUCCCAGUUCACCCAAAAAUGAAAAUUGUUUUGUUUACGUAUGUCCAUGUUUUUUCUAAAUGGUUUGACUAUCCUUCAUGGAACAUGAAAAAAAGGAGAUGCUACUACCUUGGUCUCCAUUCCCUUUCAGUGUAUGGAAAAGAGAUGAUGUGAAGAUGAAUGGAGAAAAUAGGCUGUUAGACCAAGUCGUACAGAUUUGAAACAACAUGAAUGUGUUAUUUUAUUUUUAUUUUUGGGCGAACAGUGAUGAACUAUCAAACCACAUUGUUUUGUUCUGGGACAUUACAUGUUUGUGAUGUUCCGAUUUAAAACGGAAAGAGAUCUGAGAGCUAUAAUAUCACACCCUUGGAAGCCAUGAAUGUGCAAGUUUAAGUAUUUCAGCAGAACCGGUUGCAGAGAUUAUGUGGAUUCAGACUGAAUUGGUCAAUGUCACCAACUAUCUAAAAUUAGGUAGAAAAGCAAAACUAAGUAGGUCAGGGCAGUUUUUUCCCUAAAUCCAUAUCUACAGUAAAUUAACCUAUGGGCACUAUUGAUCUCUAAAGGCAUAUCAUCCAAUUUGCUUUCAAUAUCAACGGGUGAAAGGAAUGUUUACUCAUAUGUUAUAAUACUUGUUUUGUUCAUUUGUAAAUACAUGAAUGAUCAUUUAUUUAUUGAUGAUUUCUUUUAAGUAUAAAUUUGUUCAUUCCUUUUUUUACUGCAUAAAGUGUUUAGUAUAAACUUCUCAAAGUGUGUCUGAUGUGUGCGUGAGAGAGAGGGAGAGAGUGUCUACUAUAACUGGUCGCUGGGGCGAGCCAGGUUACUGUGUGAAAAUGUUGCUUUCUUCUUUUCCUACAGGUUGUUUAUAUGUGUCUGAUGAAUUGCUGAUAAUAAACAAGAAAACAUUGCUGUAGAUUA